GGCGGAAGUGGUUUGAGGCUGGAGGAGAGAUGAGCAGGUUGGGUGCAGUGCAGCAGAAGAUCCCCUGUGUCUUCACUACCCAGGUGAAGAAUGAGCCCUCCUCCAAGCGGGAGCAUCAGGUACAUGCUCUGAUAGAGGCAGCAUGGCGAAUAGCAUCCUUUAUCCUGCCUGCUUUAGCUUAUAAACAAAACACUGCACUAAGAGCCACAGGUUCUGUGUUAGAACUACAACUCCCAGCAUGCUUUGCCACCCCCAAGGCUGUAAAAUCAUCCUGGGAGUUGUAGUUGUUUAACAUUUAUACAGUUACACUUCUCUGCCUUUGCAGUGUAUGUGAUUAUGAGAGAUUGACUAAUGAUAAUUCCCCACCAGCUGUUACAGAAAUACAAAUCCAUAAUGCUGUGGCAAAUUACAGAGAGGCACAGCAUUGUGGGAGUUAUUGUCCAAUAAUAUAUACAUAUAUAAUAUAAUAUAAUAUAUUAUUUUUAUAUAUAUAUAUAUAUAUAAAAAUUUGCCCAUUAUUUGGUUUAUAUAGUGUGUAGAUAAGCUUUGAAAUUCAAUUAAAGCAAAUAAAACACAAGGUGUCCCAAAUUAUUAGCCAUUCUUGAUCUUAAAAGGUUAUAAGAUUUGUAGCACAAUGUUGCAUUUAUGUAUACAAUACAAUAUAGAACUGCAAAUACAUAAAACUGAAAAAUAUACAUUAGAAGUUUAAAUGAGAAAUUAAGCAUAGAGGGAUGGAUUUACUCACGGGGUAUUCUCCAAAAGUUAGGAUCAUAUUUUAGUCUUAAUGGGCUCAGCAUGUUUACUCUUAAGAAGUUGUGCAAAGGCCGGUUUUGUAAGCAUACUUUUAACAGCAGUCACAAAAUGUAUAAAUAGUAAGCCAGCACAAGCCCAUCACAAAGAGUUCAGAUUGAAACAUUGACAGUUAUGAAUAUCUUGCAUUAAAGGACCACUCUAGGCACCCAGACCACUUCAGCUUAAUGAAGUGGUCUGGGUGCCAGGUCCAGCUAGGGUUAACCCAUUUUUUAAUAAACAUAGCAGUUUCAGAGAAACUGCUAUGUUUAUGAAUGGGUUAAGCCUUCCCCCAUUCCUCUAGCGGCUGUCUCAUUGACAGCCGCUAGAGGCGCUUGUGUGCUUCUCACUGUGAAGUCGCAGUGAGAGCACGCAAGCGUCCAUAGGAAAGCAUUGAUAAUGCUUUCCUAUGCGACCGGCUGAAUGCGCUGCUCUUGCCGCGCGUGCGCAUUCAGCCGGGGGAAAACGGAGGAGGAUCGGAGGCAGAGAGCUCCCUGCCCAGCGCUGUAAAAAGGUAAGUUUUACCCCUUUUCCCCUUUCCAGAGCCGGGUGGGGGCACCCUCAGGGCACUAUAGUGGUCCUUUAAUGUUUUUACAAGUCCUUAGGGUAUGUUUUUAAAAAAAAAAAAAAAAAAAACAUGGUUUUUUAUAUAGAAUUAUAGAUCUAAUUAUUUCUCCAUUAUAAUGUUGUACUGCGUUCAUACAGCGCAGCCCUCACCCUUGCUAAACAGUCCUACUUUUCCUCUCUCAUUAGUUCAUGCUCCCGCAAUCGUAGGCAUCAUCUUUUAAUACCUUUUAACUCUCUCUUUGCCCUGCUAUGGCCACCCCACAAACUAAUAUUUCAGCUGAUUGCUUUGCAUGUUACUUUACUGACAAGAUUAAACAGUUAAGGAAUGAAUUAUCCCUCUCUAUCUAAACCUCACUUGGACCAUACCAUCCCUACCCUCCAAGACUUCACUCCAGCUACUGAACAAGUGGCUCCUUUCCUGUCGCUUCCACCACUUGCCCGCUUGAUUCCAUCCCGUGCCACCUUAUCAAAUCUCUCUCCCUUGUCUUGUGCCUUCCUUAACACACAUCUUCAACUGCUCUCUUUCUUCUGGUGUGGUCCCAGCUCGCCUUAAACAUGCUACUGUUUUACCUGUCCUCAAAAAGCCAUCUCUUGAGCCAGCUUCCCCUUCCAAUUAUCGUCCCAUAUACCUGCUCCCUUUUUCCUCAAAGCUUUUGGAAAGACUUGUCUUUACCUGUCUCACUUGCUUUCUCAAUUCCAGGUGUAAUUUUUGAUCCUGGCCUCACCUUUGCACCUCAUGUCCAGUCUGUUGCUAAAACCUGUCGAUUCGACCUUAAAAACAUUGACCGCAUGUGCCCCUUUCUUAAAGGACCACUCUAGGCAUCCAGACCACUUCAGCUUAAUGAAGUGGUCUGGGUGCCAUGUCCCUCUAGGAUUAACCCUUUUUUAAAUAAACAUACCAGUUUCAGAGAAACUGCUAUGUUUAUAAAUGGGUUAAUCCAGCCUCUAAAGCCUCUAGUGGCUGUCUCGUUGACAGCCCUAGAGGCGUUUGCGUGCUUCUCACAGUGAGAAGAUGCCAGCGUCCAUAGGAAAGCAUUAUGAAUGCUUUCCUAUGAGACUGGCUGAAUGCUCGCGCAACUCAUGCCGCGCAUGCGCAUUCAGCCGAAGAGGAGGAGGAGAGCUUCUCGCCCGUCGCUGGAAAAAAAAAGGUAAGAUUUAACCCUUUCCUCGCCAUCCAGCCUGGCGGGAGGGGGUCCCUGAGGGUGGGGGCACCCUCAGGGCUGGCACAAUAGUGGUCCUUUAAGCAAGAUGCUGCCAAGAAGCUUAUUCAUGCUUUAGUAAUCUCUUGCAUCGAUUACCUGUAAAUCUCUCCUAAUUGGUCUCCCCAGAAGCCAAACUGCCCCCCUACUAUCUGUGAUGAAUGCUGCUGCCAGCCUGAUCUUUCUCUCCUGUUGGUCCUCUCACACCUCAUUUUUUUGUCGAUCCUUACAUUGGCUUCCUGUACCCUACAGGUGUCAAUUUAAAAUAACCCAUACCUAUAAAGCUCUAACCAACUCUAGCCCUUCUUACAUUUCUUCACUGAUUCAUAGUAUGCCCCCUCUCGCUCUCUCCUCUCUACUGGUGACCUUCUCCUGCUCGCACCCUUACUGCAAAUUCACGCCUGCAAGACUUCUCACGGCGACUCUUUUCCUUUGGAACAGUCUGCCUCCUCCUGUCAGACUCUCCCUUAGUCUUCAAUCCUUUAAGAAGUCUCUCAAAACCCAUCUUUUUAGGAAUGCUUAGGGCCUCCAAGAGUAACUUCUAUCUCUUAAUCCUUCCUCUUGCUCUCUCCUAAAGUGCCACACUCCACUUUCACCUGCAGUUCUGCUACUUUCCUACCACAUCUAUUUGCUGUGUCCCUCAAUACCCUUACUACUGUGUAUUUAUACCCCACCUCCUCUAGAUUGUAAGCUUGUUUGAGCAGGGUUCUUAACUACCUAUUGUUCCUGUUACACUUUGUUAUUGUCUCAUUUGGUAAAUUCCCCUUUUAUUGUAAAGCGCUGUGGAAUAAGCUGGAGCUAUAUAAAUACCAAUAAUAAUAUAUUGCACCUGUGUGCUAGACACCAUUAAUUCUGUUGAAAGCAAAGUUAUUUCAUACUAUAAUUUUAUUUAUUUAAUGUAGGCAUUCAAAGUUGUAGCCACAGAAACUCUUAGUCCUGCGGCCCAGGAUUCCGAUGUUUAUAGUGCAGUGCCCACUGAGAAGGUGGAUGGGACAUGCUGCUAUGUUACAAAACACAAAGGUAAUGAAUGACUAAUACUCCACUGUGUGGUUCUGUUAUAUGCUGAAACGUUGAUUGUAACAGAAAUUAUGUUUUAAGAGAUAUGGAAUAAAGAAAGAAAACUUUUACACAAGAAAAAGACUGUGAGUGCAAGCCUUCAUUUACUAUUUUCUAUGAUAUUUGACUUUGGCUGGAAUGCCCCGGCAUUUGAAUAAUUUGAAAGUGUGUGUGCAGGGAUAAAAAGGAACAUAUAUAUAUAUAUAUAUAUAUAUAUAUAUAUAUAUAUAUAUAUAUAUAUAUAUAUAUAUAUAUAUAAUUAAAUACUAUUACUACUAUAUUCACGUAUGUACUUUCGAUAAUGUGGGAGCACCCAAUCUUAUGUACUUAAUGCAGUAUUAUUUGUCAAUGCAUAUUUCAGUCCAUAGCUUCCAUUUAUCCAUUUUCAUCUUUUUAGACAUAUUGAGAUCUGUGUCUUGCUAUGAAUUUUGUUUAUUGACAAGUAGUAGUUGAUUUUUGUUAUUGUCAAGUAGAUUUUUGUUACAGUUAGGGAGACACCGAAACUUCGGUUGCCAAAAUUUUUGGCCGAAAAUGGGCCUAUCCCAUUUCGGCCGAAAAUGUGUGAAAUCUGCCGAAAAUAGGGCAGGUUGACUUGUCAUGUCCUCGGUCUAUGAGGCCCCUCCCAUCUGCCGGGGGGAGAGCGAGUACAGUCUGCAGUUCCACCCGGUGUGAGCUGCAGACUGUGCUGUAUGUUGCGAUCUCUGGCCAAUCAGAGCGUUGCCGCGGAUUACCAUGGCAACGCUCUGACUUCUGGAUAUUGCAAGAUACAGCACAGUCUGCAGACUGGAGUGACAGCCCACCGGACCACCAGGGAGCCAGGACACUGGACCACCAGGGAAUGAAACGUAUUACUAACAUCCUCCCUCAGCCCCUCUGUCACCAGUAGCCUACUCCCUCACUAUGUCAUCCCCUCACUCUGCCACCUGUCACCCCUCACUCUGCCCCCUGUUACACCCUCCCUCCCACGCUCUGCCACCUGUCACCCCCUCACUCUGCCAUCCCUAUCCCACCCAACACUAUGUGUCCAACCCAUACUACAUCCCUAUCACACUCCACACUAUGUGCCCUACACACACUACAUCCCUAGCCUACCCCACGCUAUGUGCCAAACACACUCUACAUUUAGAACAUACAUAAGGAACUGCACUCAAUCCCAUCAAUCAGAGCCAGGGUGCUUAACUAAACCAGAACCAAGCACCAGGUUCCAAUGGCAAUGAUGUAGGAUACAAAAAAGGUUCAGGCACUCCUAGGUUCAGAGCAGGCAACUGCUGUGGGUUCCAAUAAAGUUGCCUGCUGUGAACCUAGGAAUGCCUGAACCUUUUUUGUAUCCCAACACACUCUACAUAACCUACAAAACUACAUCCCUAUCCCACACUGUGUUUCUUACACACACUACAUAACCUACACACUACAUCCCUUUCCCACACCUCACUAUAUUCCAUACACACACUACAUAACCUACACAAAUCAUUUGGGUGGGAAAAAGUCAUUUUCGGUUUUGGUUUUCGGCCAAGGGCAUACAGAAUUUUCGGUUUCAGCACAGAAUUUUCAUUUCGUUGCACCCCUAGUUACAGUGACAUUCUGACUGGUGGUGUCACCCGAAUAAGUAUUAAUUUUUAUUUUUUUUCUUUCCUCUCAAAAGCAAUAAAGUCAGAACUAAAGGCAAUUUUCAUUUCGGUGCAUCCCUAGUGACGUCAGUCUUCCUUGCUGGAAGGGGAGGACAUGGGUGGCACGGAUGGGGGGGGGGGGGAACCCUUGUUCUGGGCUGGUUACUGAAGCCAUAAUGACGUGGCAGCAGAGGGGUUAAAGUCUGUAGCAUUUCAUAGUGGAAUAUUGCACAUACAGGUUCCAUGACUAUUUAAAAUCACUGAAUUGCUUGCAAUAACCCUUUAAUUUUUUAAAACAACUACUAAAGCUAAUUAAGCAACAUAAUAGAAGCAACACUUAUAUUGCCUUGCUGUCUGAAUUCAUUCACUUUUUUGUAUAAUUAGGAAAUGACUUCCAUGGAUGUAUGCAGUAGCUGUAUAAAUUCUCUUCUAGAAAACUGUGAUACAGCAUGUUUGGAUAGUCUAUUUAUGGUGACAUUUCAUACAUCUGUCAUUUUUGUAGAAAACAAAGCUAAAUCAAACAAACACUAAUAGUUAUUCAUUAAAGAGAAUUCAAAGUGAAUAUCAAAUUCAAGGUAAAAAUAGAGAUGCUUCCGAUUCGGCUACUCUGACCUCAAUUGCAAAUUUUACUCUAAAUUCUCACUUUGGGGAAUAACCCUGACCGUAACCUAUACAUUUUUCUGGACUAGUAUUCGUGACUCGAUUAUCACCUUAACCCCUUAAGGACACAUGACAUGUGUGACAUGUCAUGAUUCCCUUUUAUUCCAGAAGUUUGGUCCUUAAGGGGUUAAAGGGUUGAUCUAAGGACCAUCACAGAUUGCAGAAUUACAAAGUGUAUGGUGUGUAGAACACUCUGCAUCAACUAUGAGCUCUGAUUGCAGGUUAGAACCGGAGAAAUUUAAAAAAUACAAAAAAAAAAAAAAAAACUGGUGCAACUCUCAGUCAGCCCACUGGAACUGUCAGUCCACUCCGUUUCGAUUGCCUGAUGUUUGUCCACAUAGUGUGUGUUAUUUGCACUCACAGUUCGGGCUGAUCUCUAUCCUCCCUAAAGAUAGAGCUGAGUUGCAGACUGCAGAGCACUCUAGACAGUUCUGUGUAAACUGAUGGCUGCUGAGGUGUGGUGCUAUCUGUUUAAAAGGCCACUUAUCCUAUAUUAUGAGUAAAACUGCUCCUCGUGAAUAAACUACUUAUCCCAUGAUCCUUGCUGUUUAUUGGAUAAGAAUAGACCCCAAUCGCCAGGAUAAUGCACCACCAAUUGGAGUCUCUCUUUCACACGUGGAGUCUCCCUGUAGCUUCAGAUAGCAUUUCUAAAGUAUGCAACAUACUUUUUCCUUUCUACAAAUCAAUAUUUCAGCAUAUUUUAUCUUGUGACAAUGUAACAGGAUUCUGUGUUGUUCUUUGUUGCACUUUUGUAAUUCAUGGUUGAUUUAGAAUUUUCUUGUCACAUGAUGUCUUGUACACUCUUUGAGUACCUUGUCUGUUGUGUAUGCAGUUAAUAAUAUUCCUAUUAAACCUGUUGUAAUAAGUGAAGCUUUAUAAAUAAAAUGUUAUUCAUCCAUCCAAAAUACAGGCAGAGCUAGAGAUACAAUGUUAUUUGUAGCUUCAAUUUUAUCAUUCUCUUCUUGAGACAAAUUACAAUACGAAUAGGAGCAUUGGCCAUUCAGUCUGACAUCCGCAUCCCAGCUUCACACACCAUUUUUGGAAUGCUAUCUUCAUUCUUUUUCAGUUGGAAAGAUAUGUUGGCAUCUCCCACACCCAAUAAUGCAAAUAAAAAGCUGCUGAAUUUGUGGCCUGUUAUUCUACACCAUAAUAGACAUAAAUCUAACAAAUCGGUCCAUCAAUAUUAAAAAGCUGUAUUCCUGGCACCAUAGCUCCCUCUGCCUCCUCCCCAACCUCCACCCAGGUGAAUACUUUUUCCAGCGCCAAUCUCCCUUGGUGCUGGGUCCUGGAUCCGCCCCCUCCGACGGCUUGUGAUGAGCGGGUGCUAAUGCACAGCAAAUGCCACGUGCGCAUUAGACUUCCCCAUAGGAAAGCAUUGAAUCAAUACUGCCUGGUAGAUUAACAUGCUUAACAUUGCAGCACUAAGUGCAAAAGGGACACCGCACCCAGACCACUUAAUGAGCGAAGUGGUCUGGGUGCCUACAGUGUCCCUUUAAAGUCUUACUUCAGGUCUGUGAAAUUCAGCAGAAAAAAAAUCAUGAAAAACACUAAUAUCAGUUCACAAAAUUAGGUAUGGGGGAUGUUAUUACAUAUUUUCCUACUACUGAGAUCAUGACCAUCGCAUUCCCAAAAUAAUGUGUGAAGCUGUGAGGUGGGAUGCUGAAGUCAAUCUAAAUAGCAAAUCUUUGUCGGAAGUAGUGAAACAUACAAAAUAGAUGCUACAAAUAACAUUGUAUCUUUAGCUCUGCCUGUAUUUUGGAUGGAUGAGUAACAUUUUAUUUAUAAAGUUCCACUUACUAAUCCUGGCACAAACAUUAAAUAAGAAAUUGAGCUAGGAUUCUAACUCUACAUCAGCAUGUCAAGGCUGUCCCAAGAAUUGGAGACCCACAAUGCUGCCCCUUAGUAAUAGGAAUCUAAAGAAUGGGAUUUGGUCUCACUCAUGACAGAUCUAUCGGUAGCUUAGCCUUGUUGUGAUCAGUGAAACCAGUGAUUCAAUGAUCUUUUAAACAGCUGACAUACAGGAUAUACUGACCAUCAUUGAGGCAGGUUAAGUGUACCCUUUACACACUAGAUUUUCAACUUUAAAAAGAAAAAAAACAUUUUUGUUUUUGAAUCGUUCAUUAAGGUUAACAUUCCUUCCUUAUGAGCCAAUAGAUGUGUUUAUUAACCCCUGAUGAUAGGGAUUUUCAUAUGUCUAUAUUGGAUUUCCCCCCCUUUUAUCAUACUGUUUCAAGGAAGGUUGUGCUCUUGCAAAUCACACGCUAUUUGAUUUUCUUUUCUGUAAUCUAAUUUUAUUUUGCUGCAGGUAUUCCAUAUCUCUGGGCACGACUGGAUAGGAAACCAUCAAAACCAGCAGAAAAAAGAUUUAAAAAACACAUUCUUACAAAAGGAAUUUCAAAGGGUUAGUCUGCGUAUUUGAAUGCAUUAAUAAUAUGCAAGUUCUCCUGUUCUAUAUGAAAUCACAGUUUUGAGUUAAAGGUGGUACAGUAAAUAAUUGAUUUAAAGGGACACUUUAGCUUAAUUAAGCAGUUUUGGUGUAUAGAACAUGCCCCUGUAGCCUCACUGCUCAAUACUCUGCCAUUUAGGAGUUAAAUCCCUUUGUUUAUGAACCCUAGUCACACCUCCCUGCAUGUGACUUGCACAGUCUUCCAUAAACACUUCCUGUAAAGAGAGCCCUAUUUAGGCUUUCUUUAUUGCAAGUUCUGUUUAAUUAAGAUUUUCUUAUCUCCUGCUAUGUUAAUAGCUUGCUAGACCCUGCAAGAGCCUCCUGUAUGUGAUUAAAGUUCAAUUUAGUGAUUGAGAUACAAUUAUUUAAGGUAAAUUACAUCUGUUUGAAAGUGAAACCAGUUUUUUUUCAUGCAGGCUCUGUCAAUCAUAGCCAGGGGAGGUGUGGCUAGGCUGCAUAAACAGAAACAAAGUGAUUUAACUCCUAAAUGACAGUGAAUUGAGCAGUGAAAUUGCAGGGGAAUGAUCUAUACACUAAAACUGCUUUAUUUAGCUAAAGUAAUUAAGGUGACUAUAGUGUUCCUUUAACCAUUAAAGGAACACUAUAGUCAUCUAAACAACUUUAGCUUAAUGAAGCAGUUUUAGUGUAUAGAUCAUGUCUCUCAAGUUUUACUGCUCAAUUCACUGCCAUUUAGGAGUUAAAUCACUUUGUUUCUGUUUAUGCAGCCCUUGCCACACCUUCCCUGGCUAUGAUUGACACAGCCUGCAUGAAAAAAAAAACUGGUUUCACUUUCAAUCAGAUGUAAUUUACCUUGAACAAAUUUAUAGCUUGCUCUGUAAAUUGAACUUUAAAGGGACACUAUAGUCACCCAGGCCACUUCAACUCAAUGAAGUGACCUGGGUGCCAGGUCCCUCAGGUUUUAACCCUUCAGAUGCAAACAGAGAAACUGCUAUGUUUACAUUUGGGGUUAAGCCAACCUCUAGUGGCUGUUUUAACCCCUUCAGUGCCACAGGAGGGGCACCCUGAGGGUGGGGGCACCCUCAGGGCACUAGUGUGUCAGGAAAACCGCUUUGUUUUCCUGACACUAUAGUGAUCCUUUAAUCACAUACAGGAGGAUCUUGCAGGGUCUAGCAAGCUAUUAACAUUGUAGGGGAUAAGAAAAUCGAAGUUAAACAGAACUUGCAAUAAAGAAAAGAUAAACUUUAGAUGACUCUUUACAGGAAGUGUUUAGGAAGGCUGUGAAAGUCACAUGCAGGGAGGUGUAACUAGAGUUCAUAAACAAAGGGAUUUAACUCCUAAAUGGCAGAGAAUUGAGCAGUGGGGGUUCAGGGGCAUGUUCUAUACACCAAAACUGCUUAAUUAAGCUAAACUUGUUUUGGUGACUAUAGUGUCCCUUUAACUUGUCUAAAUGGAAGUUGAUCUAUUAAAAAAAUAUAUAACUGUUGGUGGUAUUAAAGCAAUCACGCUGUUAGGAUUAUACCUUAAGUGUAAUAAAACAUUGUUAACCUUUUCAAUUCACUGUAUGCUUAUUUUGCUUAACAAUGGCACAUGUUGCACAUAAAAAGUAUGCUUUACCAGUAGGAUAUUCUGCCCCAUCUUUCCCCAUCAUUCCAUUUGUAAAAUUAGACAUGAUCUGGUUAUUGUGUUAUACUACAGGUAUUACAAACAUUUCCACAGAAUUUGCAAACAUUAAAAUAUUUUAAUAAAUGUUUUUUCUGCACUAAUUCAAAUAAACUGUUCAUCUACAAAAGAAAAGACUGCACAUUAUACAACUCUAAUACCAUAAUGCUAUUCAUUGUCAGCACACUAAGCUGAAAAUAACAAAACAAACUGCUAAAGAUUAAGUUAAUCUUGACACUAGUCCUAUCAUUUAUUUCUACUGGAUUUCCACAUUGGUUUUAAUCCUUUUAUUUUAUUUUUUUAAUUUUCAGUUAAAUGUACCAUACAUCCAAAUGUUAAAUUUUUACCUAUAUGCUGGCUUUUUUUUUUUUUUUUAAGUUAAUUCAUCUUUGUGAAUAACAAUAAUAAUUUGUACUUGUUCAUGGAUGAUGUCGUCCGCAUCAUUUUCGCAAUAGGAUAUUAUCACAAAGUGUAUAUAUUUGAUCUUUGCUCAUGUUAAAGGUCAUUAUAGAUACCCAACUGGUCAGGGGGCAGUGCCCCUAUCAAUUUAACCCUGCAUUGGUAAUUAUUGCAGUUAUUGAUAAACUGCAAAAAUGACCUUGCAGAGUUAACUCCACCUCUAGUGGCUGUCUAACAGUCUGUCUAUGCACGAGGACAUCCAGAGUCCGAUUGGGGUUGUUCUAAUGUGCUCGCCACGCAUGCGCGUUAGGUCCGCCUACGUCAGGGGGAGGAGGGGCAGAGGUGGGGCCUGGCGCUGGAUUCAUGUAAGUGACAAAAGUGUUCUGAGCUGCAGGAGAAGUACUGUAGGGUACGAUAGUGCCGGGAAUACACUUUUGUAUUCUUAGCCUAUAGUUUCCCUUGAAGUGUUUUUAAAGUUUGGUAGCCACCCUGCAUCCCAAAAUAAUAAUAUUUCUGCAGAUUGCUCCACGUUUAGCACUUUGCAGUAGAAUCCCUCAUUAUACACUGACUAAUGUUGUCUUCUUUCUGUGAAAGAUCAGAAUUUGUAAAAUGAUCUGGGUUACUCAUCAUGUUAUGACAAUGCAAAAAACGUUAUCUAUCCUCCAUGCAAUCCAGCUAUAAUGCAUUGACCUUGUUGUAUUAAAAGGUUCACCAGUGCUCAUUUAGUUAUUUUUUUUUUUUUAGUUUUACUUGUUAUAAAAUAUUACUGUCCACUGACAAUCACUUUACGUGGUCAUACGUCAUUAUAAAACAAUGGAAUAUUUCCUCUACAAAAAUAUCCCAGUAAUAUCUCCUCUUCUCUCAUCUUACAAAACAUCCUCUGCCUGUUCUUCAGCACGUCAAACAUCUCAUAUUACUUAAGCACAAAUUACAUUUUUAUCUUCAUGCCGUACAUGCAAAACUUUGCAUAGUAACAUUCUCAUUGUAGUCAUUCUGUCUUCACUGUUCUAUAUACAACCAACAAGGAUUGUGUUUCAUCUUCUUUCUAAUUUGUAUUUGUUUAUUGGAUGUAUUUAUUCCUUGUAUGGUAUAUGUUGAUUUAUACAUGGAUUAUUGCCCUGGAAAUGGAAUAGUUUGUGUGUUUUGUACAUUUUUAAUAGACAUUACUUUUUCUUUUUUUUAGGUACUAUGUAUGUGUUGAAUAUAUACAAUAAGCUACUUGAUAUUCCUUUUGGGUGUGUUCCUUAUUGAUUUUAAUAUACAUUGUAUUUUUGAACUCUAUGCAGAAUUGUGAGUGAGCACCUGUUUCUCUCUCUUUUUAAAUUAUUUUCUGUUUUUUGUAUAUUCUUUUCACACAAGUGUGCCCUCCUAGUUAAUUAGCUGUUUUCACUGAUGUAUAUUUCAGAAUGUCUCCUAUUUAUCCAUAACAUUCCUCUACCUGCCAUCCAUCUACUUAGUGAUUCUUGCACCAAUGUCAUCUGCUGUCAUACGUGACCUCUUUUGUUCACAGUGACACAUUGCCAUCUAACACUAUGUUGUGGAAAGUGUUUAAUGUAUUUAUUGAGGCUUCCACAUUGGUAUAGAAUUAUUAGUGUUUAUCGUGGCACUCCAGACAGACAUUAUCCUGCAUCUUAAUCCUGGCAUUGUCAGGUUAAUCCUCUUUUUUUUUUUUUUUUUUUGAGUAUUGCAGCUAAUGAUAUGAGAUAAAUGGUAAGGUCUUUACUGGUACCUCUCCGAUACUUCGGGAUACCUAAUAAUAAUGAGUAAUGGGUAAGAUGCAACAUUACCAAGUGCUACCACAACAAGUGCAAAUACUCCCAUAAUCUGAAUCCUACAGGGCACUCCUGAUUUUUGGGUCCGGUACCCCAGUAGUUCCCUGGUGUCCUGCUUUUUAGGGGCACCAGGGAACUGUCCCCAAUAUUGAUGGCACAAACACAUCAAUAGAUGUGCUCACAAUAUGAUUGGGGCACUAGGACCCUGCACACUGCACUGAAACUAUGCUCCCUGCAGGGUCUUUCCUCAGUGGGCUGGCCUGCACGAUGGACAGGCAGCCUGGCAUGCAAUCAUGGCUGACCUGACAUUACUGCAGAUGGACCAGCCUCUUUGGAGCUACUGACUCCAUUGCAUCACUCGCCCGGCCCCUUUAUCUCCCUCCCAUUAGCAUCUGAUUUGCAGGUUGCCAGAGUUGGGAGAUAUGCAUUUGAGAAGGAAGUAUUUCUAGCAUAAGGGGUGGGGUUAGGGAGGUAUUCUGCAAAACAUAUUUUUGUGCAAAAACUAGAAGUAUGCGAGAAUGCAAACAUUACAGCAUGUUAAUGAAGACAAAAUCUAUUAAAGUUGUAUUGAUGCCCGGAGUGCCCCUUUAACACUCCCUGUGCUUGCUUUGCUAAGGUUUAUAGAGAGAUUUUCUUUCAGGCUGAUUUGCUCCACUCAAAAUUCCACCUGUCACACUGUUUACAUUCACAGAACUAACCAACAUAGCCUUUUACCACCUGUCUCAACUACACAAGUACACCUACUCCUUUACCCAUCUCUUUGCACAAUUCCUCAAAAAGCAUGAGGGGGAAAAUAUAUUUAUCUGACAUGAACACUGAGUGUUCUCAAAUAGAACUGAUAAAAUGCUCGGUGUCCCAGACUCCCUAUAAUAUCAGGUUGAAUAAUUUUAGCAGUCUUGAUAUUGUUUUCUGAGAUCUGCAUUAAACUUCAGUGGUUUCAAACCGCCUUAACAUAAGAUUUGUAAUUUUAUUUUUCAUGUUCAGACUUUGAUUGGAAGGUUGAUGAGGACUUCAAAGAAGUCCCUGAGUUUUGGAUUCCAGCAAAAGAAGUAAAACUGUGUAAUGGGAAACCUUACCCAGAUGAGAAUGGACACAUUCCAGGUGCGUAAUUCCAUCAAUGGCAUCACAUAGUACAAUACAGACUGUGUACCCUAACCAUAAACUCUUACACUAACCCUCACAAACGUAUUGUGUAAUAUAAAACAUAUGUAUCAGUGUAGCGUCUAUUGAAAAUAAUGCCCUUGUAGGGAUCAUGGAUACAUUUCUAAACUAUUAAAAGAUUUAGAACAAUGUCUUCAGAACCUUUCAAUUGCAUUAUUUCUCUUAAUACACAUUCACUGUUAUGUGCCUGUGGGUUGUACACAAACUACCAUGUUAUUUAAACAAGUAAGUUUUAAUGUACCAACUUGUCAAAUCAGUUUAUUUUUAUUAUAUUCGGCGUAUUCUGUCCAUCAUGAUAACACUCACUGGGAAUCUGGGAAUCCAAUGUAAAAAUUGACGUAAAGUGUAAAUACUGUGACAUCAUUGAUAGUUAACCCCUUCAACACCAAAAUAGAGAAUGUUUUAAAAAAGUUCUUCAUGCAUUUUUGCAGUAUGAAAUCUAGUCCAUAAAGCCUCACUCACCCUCAUUUAAUCUCUAGUUAUUACCAGCCUGUAGCGGAACGAAUUUCUCUGCCAGAAGACACUAGUCACUGAUAUAAUGUAUGUAAAGUUGCGGAAACUGUAAGCUCCAGCCGCUUUCAAACACUACAGGAAGUUUCACUGGGUGAUGGCAUAGGGUGAUUCAUUGGGUGAAUGGACUGUUUGCAUUACAGAGAUUGAUUUAUGUUUGCUCUAGUCGUUUUAAGCACCUUUUUAUUUUAGAAAUAUGAUUUAACUGUGUGGGCAUUAUCCUCAAAUACAAACAUUCUUUUUACUUACAGUUUGCAAUUUUUGGUAAGAUGCACUGCUUUUAAUGCAUUCAGGGUCCUUACAAAUAUCUAUAAGAAGGUAUUUGCCUAUUCGUAUGAAUAUUUUGUCACACCUACUGUAUGUGAGAGAAAUUGAAUUUUUGCUUUUAUGCUAACAUUUCAGACCAUUGCAUUAUAAAGGACACUGCUCACGGUCUAAAUCUCCAUUACCCAAAUACUUUUUAUAAAGUACAAAUAAAAAAAGUGUGCUUGAUUUUAAUAUUUACAUUUUGUCUGCAAAGCAAUCUAUAUUCAUACUUGAUGUAAUAUGUUUUAAAUGUUAUGCUAAUAUUUCUUCAAUCAGAAAGUGCUCGGUAGUGAAGGAUUUAAGCAAUAUAAUGUACGUUUCCACAGGUUGGGUGCCUGUUGAAAAUCAAAAGCAAUAUUGCUGGCAUUCAUGUGUAGUAAACUACGUAGCAGGGGUUGCCCUUGUGCUUAAACCUCACACAGAAGAAUCAGAGUCCUUGGAAAUAUCCAUUGUGCCCCUAGCAGAUCUUCUGGAGCAAACACUGGAACUUAUCGGAACUAAUAUUAAUGGCAACCCAUAUGGUGAGUCCCUUGGACAAGGAAAAAAAAAAAAAAUCUGUUAAUUACACUGUCAAUAAUAAUCCAUUCUUCAACUCCUCCGUCACUUUGUCUAAAAUGAGAUUCUCUAUAAAAACAAAACAAACAAAGGAGCAAAACGGUGAUAUUCAGUCCAGUGGUUCUGCUUUAACAUGCUAAAUUUAAAGAAUUCAGAAAUAAAUAAAUAGGUUCACUAGAUUCAGACUGCUAUGAGAUGCUGGAACAUAGGCACAACAAAGCUUGUGAAAAGCUAAGUAUAGCCUCUAGAAUGUAAGCUCAUUGAGCAGGGCCCUCCACCCCCUCUGUCCCUGUACAUCCAGUUGUCUGGUUACAAUCACAUGUCUGUUAGUCCACCCAUUGUACAGCGCUAUGGAAUGUGAUGGCACUAUAUAAAUAAUAAAAUAGUCUUUAUCUUAAGAAACAAAUUGCCAGGCUACUGUAUAAUUGUGGGACGACUAUUAAAAAGUUAUUUAAUUUUGUGGCUUUCCUGCAAUCUUUGUAUCUGCAGAGAGUAUAAAAUGACCAUAGAUGGCUUAGCUGGCUAUAUGAUAGAGGUAUUUUGAUAGACGUGGGGCUGAAUACUAUUUCCACAUUUUAAAUGCAUGGUAAAAUUGCUGUUUUAACAUUUCAUUAUUCAACAUUUAAAAACUUUGGAGUGUUACCAGGACUAACAUGUUAGAAAUAAUGUUGAACAUCAUAAUCACGGUUUAUAUUCAAAUAAAUUCUUCUAAAAUGAAAAAAUGCUAUAUUUAUUCUCAUUGUCUGUUUGCUGGGGGUGCUUUUUUCCCCACAAGCCAAUCUAUUGAAGAACAAAUAAACAAAACACACUUUAAAGAUACGAGAGAAAGUUCGGUAACUAGUAAAGAAAAAUUGUAUAUGAUUUAAAAUGGCCAUCAUUUACUAGAGGAGAAGAGAUUGUAAAUGGCUAUUUAACAGUUAUUUGUUCCCAGUACAGACGGUAUAAUUGACACACAAGAGGAACACUGAAAGAUUCAUUGAACAAGCCUGUUAUUACUUCAAGUAAUCAUAUUUGCAUUGAUUACAUUUUCAACCUUUGCCUGCAGAAAUGUAUGCUAAUUGUCUAUUUAACACUAGUACUUAUUAGGUACACUUCACUUAACAAAUGCCAAAUGUAAAGCAUGCUUGCAUUUAUGAAUUUCUAUUGAUCCACCUUAUCUGUAAAAUAAAACACAACUCACAUUCUUUAUGCAUUGUGGGUUCCUUUAUUUCAGCCAACAGAGAAGUCAGCAUUUUGAUACUUGGAAAAAGAAGUUCCAAACACUGCCUUGUCAGCUGGCCUGAAUUAAGGAACAAUAGUUUAAUAAAUACAUGUUUUGUAUUGCCAUGUAAUAUACGCCAGAAAACUGUAGGCUGAUGUUUUCAUGAUAAUUCUGACCGUCAAUCUUAUCUGAUAAUUCCAAAACUAAUAUUUUGUAAUUUUUCCAAUUUUAUAUAUGCAAUUAUUGUAGAAACACAGCCAUUUUUAUAUCACAUUUAAAUUUGGUAGAUUAAAAUCGUUUUACUGGUGAUGUUUGCAGGCAUUGGAAACAAGAAGAAUCCCAUGCAUUUCCUGGUUCCACAUGGAGCAUUUCAAAUCAGGAAUCUUCCAGUGCUAACUCAUCACAGCCUGGUGUCUUGGUUUGAUUGUCCAGAGGGUAAAGUUGAAGGAAUAGUAUGGCACUGCAACAAUGGAUCGUUAAUAAAGGUAUAGCUUCACUGAAAUGCUUAAAUUAUAACUAUUCAUCAAGUACCACUACCUAGUAACUGAAUUUGGUCUUACUGUGGCCACUAGUCUUUUCCAGGUGAAAUUGUCAAUACUAAUAUCCACCAAUCCAAUGCUUCCCCACAGAGAAGCAUUAGAGGGUUUGCGUACAUAUGCAGCAAUUGCUGUGCUGCACUAAUAGACAUCUCCUCAUAGAUGUAUGGGGUCAGUGAAUCUCUACUGGGAAAGUUGGUUCAAAUGUCUGAAGUGCAAAGGUUGCAGGAAAAGGUCUCUGGUGCACAGUGUCAUUUUUAGGAUAGACUUGUGCUCAUUAUUUACCUUACGUCUCAACGGGCUACCCCUUUUUAUUAAAUGUUGGGAGAUAACACUACAGUGAACACAUUUUAUACCUCUAUCUCUGGGAAGCACCUAAUGAAGGGGUUUAGCAGAAUUUAAUGAUAUACUAUGGUCUCAUAUUGUGUACCUCAUUUGCCCUCCCUUCAUCUUUAGCCAUCCUACCUUUUCAUCAUAUACUCUUGUUUCUAGCAUUAUUAAAUAUGCUUCUAUCAGGUCACCACUUUUUUACAUACAUGUACAUCAUAAGGUUUUUUUAUUACAGGUAUUGAAUAUCUUACUUUUGUGAAACCAUGUUCACCAGAACAUAGGAUACAGUAUUUUCAAUGAUGUCUUUUUAUAUCUGAUUUGAUAUUUAUAGCAAAAUAAUCUGGCAGAUAAUUUUCACAACUCUUGAUUUUUUAUUUUAUUUUUUUUUUUCAAGCUUCAUCGCCAUCAUCUUGGAUUAUGUUGGCCUUUACCGGACACUUGGCUGAAUUCUAAACCUGUUUCCAUCCGUUUGGAUUUGUGUAAAUACGAAUGUGAAUCUGUAUCAAACUCUUUAUUUAGUCAUCUUUCAAAGAAAGACGCUCAGCAUUUUGACAGACUCCAAGAUGUAUCAUUGGAAUGAACAGACAAGAGAGGUUGACUUUCCACGUUCCAACAGCAAGCUGUUAGCUGCACUUUACUGAGACAGCCUGCUAAUGUGACUUAUCUUCAUUUUCUAGUUGAAAUAACUUCAGAGGUAUAGACAGCCUGUAAUGCAUAGAUGUCAAUUUUCAGAUGAACAAAAAUGUCAACAUUAAAGCUCAAUCUUGGCAUCUGAAUGUGUAAAUAUCUUAUGUACCAUAUGCAGUGUAUAUGUGAAUUUGUUCACUUUGCUUUUACCUGUACAUAAGCUACAAAUUACUGCAAAUAUUUCAGAUGAACCUAUUUACCCCACUCUGUGCCUACACAAACUGGUUAUAAUUCUUUUAGCAUUGCUAAGCAAAAUGCUUUAAAAAAAUAAAUAAAAUUAAAACAAAGUAUGUGUGUGUGUGUGUAUAUAUGUGUGUGUAUAUAUAUAUAUAUAUAUAUAUAUCUAUAUAUAUAUAUAUAUAUAUAUAUACACACACACACACAGUUAACUUUCUAUACUCAUUGGUGAUCUGAAUAUAAAUAAAAAAAUUACUCUGUUCCAGUCAAGAUCGGUAAAUUCUGCACCUUCUGCUCUGUACAGGCUUGAAAACAUCCAGGUCGGACUACGGGCACAAUGCAGUGCCCACUUAGUGCAGAUGUUUGGUUUUAGCCAGACACUAUGCUAGUAUGUGGGGCAUGUUCUGCUGGUAUUAUGGGAAUUUACAUUCCCAAAAAUGCCAGUAAGAUUUUUACAAAUACACAUAAGGAUCAUUGUUGAUUUCUAUUAUACUUAUUGUACUGGUUGGAAAAAAACAAACAUUGUUUAUACACUAUUAUUUUUGGUGCCUUUCUGAGCUAACAUGGCAUCGCACACAACACCUUUUUCUGUACAAGAAAUGUUUUGUAAAUUUACAUAGUUGUAUUCUUUCAUUUUGUACCCCCAGAGCAGCAUUUUUAUACACAUGGGUUAGUCAUUGUAAGUGUUAACUAACCAUUCUAUGCUUCACUCCUGUUUCAACCACUAAAAAUGUUUAAAGACUUUCUUUAGCAAACCAAUAAUGUAUAUGCCUUCAAAUUUAAGAAACAGAAACAAGGUUCAAAGUUUUAUUUAAAAUUAAAAAGGUACAAAAACAAUGUUCCAAUGAUUUUGUUAUUUAUGCAUACUUUUUACACAGUCAUUGCCUGGAGACUCAUAAAAUAUAGUUUAUAUAACAACCAUUAUAGAAAAAUUAAGUGCAAAAUUUUAAUCUAAAAAAAACCAAAACACUUCAGUCAUGGUGGCUGUAUCUCCACCAUUCUAAUGUACAUUAGAAAAAAAUAUUAAAUUAACAGAAUAUAAAAAUACCUCUACUGUAAUUUCUACAGGUUAAGGGUUUCUAAAGCUUGGCAACUCUGCCGGUUCUAUAAUAAUUUACAUUUUUGGGCCAGUGCCAAUAGUGAAAUGUCAUCUUAGGAACUCCUAAACACCAUAAUCACUAACACAACCUGCAGUGGGUAUGGUGCCCCUCUCCUUUGGCCCUUGCUACUUGUAGGACCAAUUUGACUUCUUAAAUAGAAACCUGCCGGGAAUCGUUCCACACCCCUUCUCUGCUGGAAGCUCCUGCUUUUGAACUUCCAUAAGCCCUGCUGACCUAAGCUCUUCAAUGCAGGCUAGCGAGCUGAUUGCUUGCAGACAAAUUAUACCCUGCACCGCUUGGACUUGGCUAAAUGAAGAGAGAUUGCAGUAGACAGCAUGUGUGAAUUGGUGCCCGGCCGACAUCUGGUAAGAAAUUAAACGGUUUGACUACUUGCAUUGAGUGAUGGGUGGGGCAUCAUAACCAGUUCAGAAUGCAGCAGUGAUUGUGGUGCUUUAAAUGCUAGUCAGGGACUUUAUCCAAGUAAGCCAGAAGCACACCUGUUUAUUCCUAACACCAAUGUUAUGCAUCAUAUCAAUAAAUAACGUUUCAUUUAUAUUUGCUUGUGCCUUCAUAAAAUGAUGGAUUUAACACAAAAUCAAUGUCAUCACAUGAAACCAAAUGCGCAUGUUACACCAUGACCGCAGAAUGCCACACCAAUUUUAUCUUAAUCCCCGCUUGCUGGGAUCUCUACCUGUACCCCAAACUGUUCUGCAAGUGCCUUCAAUCUCUCUUCAAGAAGUAUAUUCUUUUUAACUUCUUCAUUAUAAUUGUACUUUAGAUCUUCAAUUUCUUCAAAAAAUGUGGGGUCAAAGUUUUCUAGCUCUCUUUUCAGUCUUUGGAUCUCUUCCU